AUGGAGCCGUUAAAGACCAAUGGCACUGUUUUGCCUCAGCAGGUACUGACCCGUCCUGUUGGGGGAUGUCCGUCUGGGCCCCGACCAGAGGACUUAUUGCAAGGGGGGCAUGAGGGCGCCAACCCUCAUGUUGGUCAGCGAGAGGCAAUGAUCACCGACGACCUAAGCCUGAAUACGGAUCCGCGAAUACUAACGAAAUUGGAAAUUUAUAAUGUUUUAGUUGAAAAGGCCAAACAAUUUGGGUCUAAACAAAGACCGGGCGACCUAGAAAGCAACGAUCGCACAAUGGUAAUCUUAAAUGCAUUGUACCCAACAGGUAUUCCUGACAAUCUUGAUGUACAUAAUAAAAACCUUAAAGAUAGUAUAUCCAAAUUUAUUAAUAAUUGUGAAAAGCUUUAUAAUAACAGCAAAAGAAAUUUUAAACGUUUUACUAAAAAGAAUGAGAAAUGGCUUUCUACAAUUUUCGAUAUUCCAAUACCAACCAAAAUAGAAAAAUCUCCUAUAGAAUUAAAUACAAGUUCUCCUUCUGAUUGUCUUUUAAAACCUCAAGAACCAGAAUCAUCAGAUAUGAGUUCUGUAAGCAAUAUUUUGUUUACAGAACCGGUACCUGGACCUUCACAAGAAAUUCCAUCAACUACUAAUAAUACAAUACCCGGAACGUCUAAUAAUAGUCCAUCUGCUUCAAAUGAAAUGAACUCUCGUCAAAUGCUUCGAAUUAGAAAAAGUUUAGAGGAGUCUCUUCAAGAUCAGCCGCGGUCAAAAAUAAUUAAAAUGAUGUCGAAAAUAGUAACAGAUGAAAUUCACGGCGAAAAACUUGUUAAAAGUUCUGCUCAAGAAUUAGAGUUUGUUAUUAAUGAGUGCCUGAAAAGUCCAACUCGUCCUAAAAAAAUUGCAUCGUCCAUGAAAGCGAAAGUCGAAGCCAAACCCUAUACCCCUGAGGAAGCCCUUUCUUUAGUCAUUGAUAGGAAACUAACUGUGGAAGAUUAUAGUAUCAUACAGAAAGAUUUGAAAGAAAGAGGAUUUCCAGCUUAUCCUCCAUAUUUUAAAUUAAAAAUAGCCAAACAAAUGCAAAAUAACACACAGUGCAACGUUGACAAUUUGAAUAGUGGAACGCCAUCUCAACCUGAAACUUCAUUCAUUAAUAUUACAAAUCACAUUGAGCAAGAAUCUCCUUCUACAAGAAAACACCUUCAACCAAUAAGCCCUGCAUUUGCAUCAGCAAUUGUGUGGCCCUCUGAAUCUCCAAUUAAAGGCAACCAGAAAAGGCGUAAAAAAGUUCGCCUACCUGAUGCAGUAAAUAGCAGUGAAUGGAUGCAAUAUUGGAAUGAGAAAGAAAACAUGAAGAAAGAACAAGAAGAAAAAAGAGCUCUUAAGGCAGCUAAUAGAAAAGUGUCAAAGAAGAAUAAGAAAAAUAAAACAGGUUCAGAUGAAGAAAUACCAGUAGCUCCUAGAAAGAUAAGACAACUUCGAAUUGAUUCAGCUUCAGACUCCGAUGAUGAUAAUAUACCUUCAAUUGUACAUAAAUCUUUGGAGGUCACGGCAAAACCAAAGAAAGGCGAUUACGUGAUCGUUAGGUAUGAGGGGGCAUAUUUCCCAGGGACUGUAGAAAAUACUGACGGUGAUCUCUAUGAGAUAAGCACUAUGACAUUUUCUGCGGGAAAUACUUUCCGCUGGCCAGAACAAUGUGAUAAAAUCUGGUACCUGAAAGAUGCAAUUGAAGAGAAAAUAGCUGUUCCUACGUUGGCUAACAGUCGAGGGGAAAAUCAUCCAAUGACUUCUCUCUCCCAGCGUAAGGCGAGAGAGAGUGUCAGACUCUUACUGACUAAAACCCCCCCCCGUUCCUUCUCCUGCUCUGGGCCGAGGUCGCGGUGCCUCAUUGCGCUUACCCUGCAACCCCGGCUAAACAUCAGCCCUAUUGGGUCCCGACUAUGGUGGUCUAUGGACUCUUUGAGGCGCGCGCGGAACGCUACGCGCCGUACGCUCGGGCCUGGUUCUGGUCGGGCGGCGAGCUGCCCUUACUCGCCGACCGCAGACCCGCGCUUACGGUGGCCGGAGAUCAUCUCUCGAGAUAAAAGUUACCUGGGGAACAAUUAUGAGGCUGUCGCGUCAGAAUGUUUGUAUAAGAUAGUCUACUACGUAGUUCAGAUGCCCGACAAUGACGUCCCAGCCAAAGAGUUCAACAUAUACUGGAACGCGCCCACAAUGCAGUGCAAAUCAAAGGGCAUUCUCUUCGAUGACCUGUACGAAAAGUACGGAAUUAUUCAGAACACCGGCGAUACAUUUAGAGGGGACAGAAUCUCUAUACUUUAUGAUCCUGGUGACUUUCCAGCGUUACUGAGAAAUAGUAGCAGUGGGGAAAUUAAGUAUAGAAACGGUGGAGUACCACAGGAGGGGGACCUGAUUGAGCAUCUGGAUACAUAUCAGAAAGUUGUCGAACAAAGUGUACCUGAUAAGGAUUUUGAUGGUGUUGGAAUAAUAGACUUCGAGUCGUGGCGACCGAUAUUCCGGCAGAACUUCGGCGACCUCACACCGUACAAGGACAUGUCUUACGAGAUUGAGAAGCAACGACACUGGUGGUGGAAGAAGGAGUGGAUCCAAGAAGAGGCUAAACGUCGUUUCGAAGCAGCUGGUCGUGAGUUCAUGCAGGCGACGCUAGCGCUAUCGAAGAAGAUGAGGCCCCGUGCUAUUUGGGGGUACUACGGGUUCCCGUACUGCUUCAAUAUGGCAUCUAAUAAUAUGAAAGAGGCCUGUGCUGAUAAAGUACCGCAGGAGAAUGACGGGUUUGUUCAAAUUUGGUUCUUAUUGCCUUUGGUUGCUUCUAGAAAAAGGUUAAGUUGGCUCUGGCAAGAGAGCACAGCCCUGUACCCCUCAGUGUACAGCUCAUCAAGCCUGACUACACGACAACUGGCUGCUCUCAUACGUGGGAGAGUGAAGGAAGCUGCCAGGAAGGUCAGGGGAGGAGCACCCAUACUGCCAUACUUCUGGUACCGGUAUAGAGAUAGUGGGUUCUUAAAUAAGACCGACUUGUAUGUAGCUUUGAACACGUUUUAUAAAUCAAACGCGUCAGGCUUCAUCAUAUGGGGCAGUUCUAAUGAUGUGAAUACAGUAGACAAGUGCAAGCAGCUUAGAGAAUACGUCACGAAUAUAUUAGGACCUGCAAUAGCUAAAUACACGAAACAAAACAUGAGACAAGGAGAUGAUCCAGAAGAAACAUUAGGAGCUAAUUUCAAUCGAAAUAAUUCUACUACAUUCGAUCCAGAAUUCAACUGGAUACCACCAGAAAAUUAUACGCAAACUAUAGAAGAAAUUGUAGAUAAGGAACUUAAAGAAGAGAAGGAGAUAGGACAUAAGAAUGUUACUGAAAGUAUUCUAGUUGAUAUGAUUUUGAAUAAUAUAGCUACUAGCUGUGGCGAUGGCUGUGAUAGUGCAAGUAAAGAUAUGCCGACUGAUGCUAAAGAGAUAAAAGAGGCGGAUAGUGCAACAAAUGAGUCUCAGAUUUUAGUAGUUACUGAGGAUCCUUUUAAGAAGAAUUCUAGUGUGACUACAGCCACUGUGCCAACUACUACGGAAGAAUACAUUUACGAUUACGACACAAAUGUUCCAGGGGACAUAAAUGUUGAAGAUGUAGAUGAAAAUGUUGAUUAUAGUGAUAUUAGUACAACUAGCAAAGAUAGAGAAAUUAUUAGUACAACCGCUAAGACUAUUGAAGUAUUCAUUACAACUAGUGCAAACACGGAAGCAAGUACUUAUAGUGAAAGUAAAGAAGAGACUACACAAGGAAAAGAAGAAAGUAGUACGCCAAUCACAAGUACUACUGCCAUAGAAGGGUUUACUUUAAGAAAUGAACUAAAUAAUGCCAUAGACCUAAAUGUAGAAGAAGAAAACAGUAUAGAAUAUAGUACUGCUACCCCAACAACUAAUGCAAGUACUACAGAAUUUAGUAUUACUACGUAUAGUACAACUAGUCUUAAUGAAGAAGAGGCUACAAUUGAAAAUGAACUUAAUACAACUAAGGAUAAGACAGAUGAUACUGUAAGUGAUAGCAGCACAACGUUAGCACCAGUGUCGACAGAACAGGUGUUGGGGUCUGUGUCCAGAGCUAUCGUCGUAAAGCCGGUCGUGUGCACUCUGUUCUAUAUCUACUCUGUGACCAAAUGUCUAUGUCUUAUAUUUGGAACGUGCUAAGGUAGUGGCUAACGUAUGCAAUUAUCAAACUUAAAGUCUUAUGACAAAGUACAUUUUACAAUGACGUUGAGAUUGGAUUUAAUAUUUUUUGUUUUUAUCGUUAAACAAUUUUUGUUUAGAAAAGAUAUGAUUCUAUUUUUGUAUUGUAGUAAAAUGUUCUUAAAGUUGAUCGACAUAAGGUAGAUUGUACGUUACAUAUUUUUAUAUGAAUCUCGAUAAACGAAUAUUUUUCUAUUUCAUAGGUAAAAUAAUAACUAAAAUCAAUCCAUCACGUAGGUAUUAAUUGUGUACAUAAAAUUUUACUUUACACAUUUAUUUUUUAAAUUUAUUUAAUGUAA